AUGGCUCCACACUUCGAUAAUAUCAGUGCCGUCCUUGCGCACCACGGGCAGGACGAAUUGCUCCAAUUCAUGGACCGAUACUGGGUAGCCGACCGGGGCUCGAACGCGCACCUCUGGGCGCACGAGUACAACAAGCACGCGACUUGCAUCAACACCCUGGCGCCCUCUUGUUACGGGGAUGGAUAUAACACGGGCGUCGAGGUGGUCGACUACUUCGUGCGGGCUGCGGCGCUCUUCACCAAGCUUGACACGUACACGGCCCUGGCAGACGCCGGCAUUGUGCCGAGCCAGCGGGCGCACUACCCCCUGAUGGAUGUGCAGAAGGCGAUCGAGCAGUUCAGCGGGGGCAAGGUCGUGCUGCGGUGCAGCGGUGGGAGGAGGGACAUCCUGCAUGAGGCGUGGUACAUGUUCUUCGUCAAGGGGAGCCUGCAGACGGGAGAGUUUGUUCCUGCGCAAGAUCUAGGCCCCAAGGGGGACGCAGGAAACUGCGUGCCGUGGGUGCGCUACCUGCCUAAGCGAUCAAAGGGUCGUCGGUCAUGA